AUGAUACCUCAAUCAGUACCAUGCAUGAUUACAGGUGUUAACCAUCUUCCUGUAACUCAAAAUCUAAAUCAGAAUGCUUUUAAUGCAUCUGCCAUGGAUAUUCUUACAAGAUUAAACAAUGGAGAAGAGGUAAGAGUUGCAAUUGAUUGCGAAGGUUUUCAAUUAGGUUAUCACUCACAUUCACUUGGAAUUCUACAAAUAGCUGAAUGCUUCAAGAGUGGAUUUCCUAGUUCAAACUCUUCACAUGUAUCAAUUGAGCUCCAGCAAGGAUUUUUAAUUAAAACUCCAUUCUCUCAGCAAACUACUACAUAUCUCUCAAACAUCUUAAGCCAUAAGAAUAUAAAGAUUAUUAUGUUUGGCUGUACGUGCGAUAUUCCAGCCAUUCUUGAAGAAGGUGUAAACUUAAAUAUCAAAGCAAUCAUUGAUGGACAAACUUACUCCAUUGAUAGACCAAAAGUCUUAAGGACACAAUAG